AGGCGGGCCGGAGAGAAAGGAGAGAGGUCUUUGCUCUCCUCUUACGAAGGCGCUUUGAUUCAGUAGCUGAGACGGCGCGGCGCUUACCGGCCACUCCAAAGCUUUGUAACUCGGGCGUCUACAGAUUCGGACAAGUACAGACAGAUUCGUCCAAGGGACGUCGGAGAAAUUUCGCUCUUUUCAAGCAGAGUUUCCUAUGACAGAAAGUUUCCAGAAUUCAGCGUCUAUCUGAAAACGAGCCGUGUGGCGGACCGCCAAAGUGUCGGAAGAUGUCCAGUGAGGGAGAAAUCAGCCGCUCAGGGUCCGCGAGUGUGAGCUUGGCACAGACGAGUGCACCUGAGGAGAAGAAGAGCGCAAGACGCUUCACUCGGUAAGAAGUGGAAGAGUGAACAUUCAGAAGAAACAAGAAGAGAGUGGAGGUCAACGAGCCAACACCAGCUCGUCCUCAAAUGAUGGGGAUAAAGCAACUCCUGCUUCUUUUGAUUUACUUAGACCCGCUAAAUGUCCUGUGCGCCGCCGCCAACGCCAACAAGAGGAGCAAAACCCCGCCGAGGAGGAACCCAAAGGCGAAGGAGGUGAACGCCAGCACCACCGCGCUCCCCGCCGCCAUCCCGCGGAAAAUCACGCAGGUCCAAGCUCCCUCCGUGGCUCAGCACGACACCUGCAUGGGCUACUACGACGUGAGCGGCCAGUACGACAAGGAGUUCGCCUGCAACAACACGGACCACCGCUUCUGCUGCGGCAGCUGCUUCCUGCGCUUCUGCUGCGCGGACCGCGGCAAGCGGCUGGAGCAGAAGGGCUGCACCAACUACAACACCCCGGACUGGAUCAAAACGCCUUCCCCCUCGCCGGUGCCCACCGGAGACACAUACGACCCCGCGCUGGACCAGACCAACACCACGGUGUACAUCACCUGCGGGGUGAUCGCGCUCAUCAUCGCCAUUGGGAUCUCUGCUAAAGUUGCCUAUGAUAAAGCCACGAAACCCCCUCAGGAGAUGAAUGUGCACAGGGCUCUGGCGGACAUUCUGAGGCAACAAGGACCGGUUUCAGCAUCACAGUUUGAACAUGAGAACAUUGCUGCGAUUGAUGGUUCUCCCAAAGACGAGACCCCUGUCAGGACCUCAAAGAAUCACUACACACCAGUUCACGCAAAGACAUCGAACCACGGACAUUACGGGAAGGAAAACAUGCGCAGCGGUGGACAAGACAUGCACAACUUCAUCUCCUCUGGGUUUGUCACACUCGGACGUGGCCACUUGAAAGCUCAACAGUCCAUAGACGAAUCGGGGCAGAUGUCCUGGCAGGGCGACCUGGACAUCCCCAUCUCCUACGGAAACCACCACCAUGACUACCAGCACAGCCACCUGGAUCUGACGGCGCUCACGCCCAAACUGGCCCACAGACAAAUGGGAUACGAUAGGCCCCAGCGGAUGAACAACAUCCUGACCUCAGCCACAGAGCCCUACGACCUGUCCCUCUCCAGAUCCUUCCAGAACCUGAGCCACCAGCAGCCUUCGUACGAGCUGCCCCUCAAGCCUGACUUAAGUAAAUACUCUCCUCACAGACUAAGUGACAAAGACAUGGAUGAUUACUACCCAAGACAACACCUUCACCCUGACUUCGGGGGCCGGGGACCAACCCACAUGGUGAAGCUGAAUGCUGAACCCCACCAGCACCAGCAGCACCAGCAGCGGCAACGCCCCCGACGGGUGCAGAGGGCCAUGUCACAGGACCACGUCCUGUCUCCUCCCAGGACGCCGCGGCGGGGAGACUACGGCUUGUCCUCGUACAGUGCCAUGGCGGCCGCCGCGUACGGAAGCAGCCGCAAUCUCUCAAACGAGCAGCUGCUGUCUGCGGACCGCCUGCACUCCCAGGACCCGUUGUUGUCUCCGGCGAUGAGGCGCGAUAAGUUCCGGGAGAAGGCCAUGGCACGGGCGAUGUCUCACGCCGACAUGCUAAUGCCUACCACGCCGGUCAUGGACCGCCACAAGAUGACCAAGAUGCACUCCCAGCCCAGUGCCUCCACUGACUCGUACAACACGCUGAUGGUCAACCAUCACGCCGGCACGUCCACGUCUAAGAGGCAGGCGUUUGCGUCCCGACGAACACACACGGUGGACCACCUACAGUACAUUCCCGGCCACCACCACACGUACCGCACUGCCAGUAAGAACGAGGUAACUGUUUAACCACAGCGUCGGACCACUCUUGAAAUGCAUCACAAACGUGAACGGACGACAUCGGCAUCCGUCAUUAAAACUCUCCUUGUUGUUUUUAGCACAAGCUUUGUGUAUGAUCCAGAAUUUGGACGACUAGGGAAAACCCUGGUAGGACUUUUUUUUUUUUUCUCUGAGACCAUCAUAAGGGCUUUGCGCGUUGACACAAAGAUCCUUCUUGUCGGACGCCUGACAGAGUGAAGAAAAUAUUUUUUAAACCGAAUACAGGACUCGAAGGGAAUCGUAUCACCUUUCUAAACUUAUAAACUAUAUUUACUAUUUGUAUUUUCAGUCUUUGUUAUAGCUUUAGAGGUACUCAUUAUCUGAUGUAAGCACUUCAGUUGGUGCCUCUUGAAAAUUGUCCCAUUUCAACAAUGAAGGGGAUUUGUGGGUUAAAAAGCACAAUUAAUGAAUUCCCUUUUUUUUUGGAUUAAGUUUUCUCUUCUUCUUUGACAAAUGGCCGGAACAUAUCAGCUUAGAUUAUAAGUGAAAACAGGCUAUUUUUGUUGCAUACUAUAGAUGAUUGUAAAUAGGCUAUUUUAGCUGCAUAAUACAAUAAAACUUGGCCCUCUGGACUUUUUUCCCCGAGUGGAAUUUAUUGGGCGUUUUCGUUUCAUAAUUUCUAUUUUAGAUAAGGAGAAAUUCCCAGAUUAGUAUUAUUUCCACCGAUGUCUGCAAAUUAUGUGGAUCUAAUAUGUGCGUUGGGAGUACGAUUUUUGUUUGUAUGUUUUCCAAACCGUGCUUGUGGCAUAGAAUGACUCAGUAUGAAAUGGCUGCUUGAAUUUGCUUGAUUCUGAUUCUUUGCUCUGUCGUUAAUUGGCCACUUCAUCUCUACAGGUCAGCCCCUCAGCGUUGUGGAUUAUAUUGGCCGAACUAUCGUCUAGUGUUGAGUUUGACGAAAACAAUCAGUACGAAAACGACGUCAUGCUUGAUUGACGAGAUGUCACUUGCCAAUCAAAAAUUAAUUAAACUGUGAAAUGUUUGUCCAGUGUUUUUUUUGUUUUUUGUUUUUUUCAUUAAAGCAAUGCCUUAUUGUAUAGAAUGCCAUAAGCUCUUAAAUGAACAAUUGUGCUUUGUCUUGA